UCGCCUUCCUCACCAAGGGAAGAAGGAAAUUGUGAGCACUGAAGACUGAUAUAUAUUAGCACAUAAAAUUCCAUUCUACCAUCAUCGACAAAUUACUUGCUCGCUAAUGUCUUAAAAUUUUCCUCUCUUUUUAGCCCUCUUCAAUGGGUGACAGGAAACUGCCCGCAGAUAUUCCUUCAAAUUACGUGACUCUUCUAGAGCUUCAAGAACGCUGGGUUAAAGAGCAGCAGCGAAAGCAAAGGGAGAAAGAAGAAGAAGAAAAAGGCAACGAGCAAAAGCUCCUACGACGAGAAAAUGAAGAAAAAAAAGAGCGAAACACUCAAGCUCGGCUGCUCAAAAACGGCCAAAGGAAUCGGAGGUGGAAUUAUAGGCGGGGAAAUCAGAAUUCGAAGAAAAGUGGUCGCCAUGUUUGUCCCGAGGAAAAUGAGGCCGAAAUAGUGGCUGCUUUUGUUGAAGGAAAUGAGAUUGAGAGUGCCGUGAAGGAGACGAAGAACAAAGGUUGGGGUAACAAUUGGAAACAAAAGCAGCAGAAAAAGGAGAAGGAGAAGAUGGAGGAUGGAGAAGCUAGGGGAAAAGAAGAGGAGGAAAGUGGUCGCCAUGUUUGUCCCGAGGAAAAUGAGGCCGAAAUAGUGGCUGCUUUUGUUGAAGGAAAUGAGAUUGAGAGUGCCGUGAAGGAGACGAAGAACAAAGGUUGGGGUAACAAUUGGAAACAAAAGCAGCAGAAAAAGGAGAAGGAGAAGAUGGAGGAUGGAGAAGCUAGGGGAAAAGAAGAGGAGGAAAGUGGUCGCCAUGUUUGUCCCGAGGAAAAUGAGGCCGAAAUAGUGGCUGCUUUUGUUGAAGGAAAUGAGAUUGAGAGUGCCGUGAAGGAGACGAAGAACAAAGGUUGGGGUAACAAUUGGAAACAAAAGCAGCAGAAAAAGGAGAAGGAGAAGAUGGAGGAUGGAGAAGCUAGGGGAAAAGAAGAGGAGGAAAGUGGUCGCCAUGUUUGUCCCGAGGAAAAUGAGGCCGAAAUAGUGGCUGCUUUUGUUGAAGGAAAUGAGAUUGAGAGUGCCGUGAAGGAGACGAAGAACAAAGGUUGGGGUAACAAUUGGAAACAAAAGCAGCAGAAAAAGGAGAAGGAGAAGAUGGAGGAUGGAGAAGCUAGGGGAAAAGAAGAGGAGGAAAGUGGUCGCCAUGUUUGUCCCGAGGAAAAUGAGGCCGAAAUAGUGGCUGCUUUUGUUGAAGGAAAUGAGAUUGAGAGUGCCGUGAAGGAGACGAAGAACAAAGGUUGGGGUAACAAUUGGAAACAAAAGCAGCAGAAAAAGGAGAAGGAGAAGAUGGAGGAUGGAGAAGCUAGGGGAAAAGAAGAGGAGGAAAGAAAGGCGGGCCAGGCAGACACUCCGCCAGUUAAGAGCGAGGGGAGUGUUUCGGUGAGGAGGCAUGACAGAAGGAGGGAUAUAAGGUUGGAGUUUAGGCCGAAAAUUACUAGCGUGGUUCAGAAGAGAGACCGGACAGUGACAAUAGAGAGAGAAGUUGUGAAUGUGGCGGAGGGGACUGAGGACACUGCAGUCAAAAUCACGGGAAAAAAUGAGAAUGUGUUGGAGAAGAGUGAGGGGACUGUGGAGAUUGAAGGAAAGCUUAGGAAUCUAUCUGUAGAAAAAGAGAAUGAAAGAUUGGAAACCCAAAAUAGGAUUGUGAAUCGUAGCAAUAGUCAGUAUAGAGGUUAUAAUGCGAAUAGCAGGAAUGUUGAGUGUAGAGGAUAUAAUAGUGGUGUGAAGCACCGUACCGGACAAUAUUAUGGGAGAUUUAAUGGACAAUAUAGAGGAAAUUAUGGGAAGUUUAAUGGACAAUAUAGAGGAAAUUAUGGGAGGUUUAAUGGACAAUAUAGAGGAAAUUAUGGGAGGUUUAGUAAGGGAAGACAGGAUGGAAUGGUUUGGGCGAAGAAAGAACAGGUUGCUGAUAAUGAUGAGGGUAUCGGAGUGGAUUGGAUGAAGAAAGAAAAGGUUGCUGAUGAUGGUGAGGGUAUCGGAGAUCAAAGCUCAAGCAACUCAGCGGCAUUGUAGCGAUUUGCUUGCCAAACUAGAGGUGUUGAUGCAAAAAUUUUGGAUGUCUUUGGAGAAGCUACCCAAGUUCACGACAUUCGUUCAAGUCUUUGUCGGAGUAUUCUUUUAACCCUGGACAUUAGGAUGUGGAUAGAGUUCUUGAUGGACCUUCCGAAGGUUGCAGCAAAUGGAGAAAGAAAUUGUGUUUGAGUUCCUAGGAUGAUAAAGGAUGCUAUAUUAGUUUUGAGCUUGACUUGUAUGUUAGAUCAUGAGAUUUUGGACAGUAUUUUGAGAAGGAUACAAUUCAUGCUUCAGUAUCUUACUUGGUCUGGUGCUUCAGAAUAUCAUAGACCAAAUAGUAGUGAAUGAAUUUACGGAUUACAUACAA